AAUUUCUGCUGCUGCCCACGGAGGCCCAAACUCGAAACCCUAAGGCUGGCUCGUCAUCCCCGCCGCGCCUUCCUUCCCUCUCUCCCACCUCGGCGGCGGCCUCUCCUCUCUUCCUCGUCCUUCCCCCACACGCAGGCCAUCGAGAUGUCGUCGGCGGAGGCAAAGGCGGCGGCAGUGCCGGAAUCGGUGCUGCGGAAGCGCAAGCGCGAGGAGCAGUGGGCGGCGGACAAGAAGGAGAAGGCGCUCGCGGACAGGAAGAAGGCGCUCGAGAGCCGCAAGAUCAUCUUCGCGCGCGCCAAGCAGUACGCGCAGGAGUACGACGCGCAGGAGAAGGAGCUUGUGCAGCUCAAGCGUGAAGCCCGGCUGAAGGGUGGGUUCUACGUGAGCCCUGAGGCCAAGCUUCUGUUUGUGAUCCGCAUCCGUGGUAUCAAUGCCAUGCACCCCAAGACCCGCAAGAUCUUGCAGCUCCUGCGUUUGAGGCAGAUCUUCAAUGGCGUUUUCCUUAAGGUUAACAAGGCCACCAUUAACAUGCUGCGCAGGGUGGAGCCGUAUGUUGCAUAUGGGUAUCCGAACCUGAAAAGUGUAAGGGAAUUGAUUUACAAGAGGGGUUAUGGAAAGCUGAACAAGCAGAGGAUUCCUCUGAGCAACAACAAUGUCAUUGAGGAGGGCCUCGGGAACCACAACAUCAUCUGCAUCGAGGAUCUUGUCCAUGAGAUCAUGACCGUUGGCCCACAUUUCAAGGAGGCCAACAACUUCCUGUGGCCAUUCAAGCUGAAGGCACCACUUGGUGGCCUGAAGAAGAAGAGGAACCACUAUGUUGAGGGUGGUGAUGCCGGUAACCGUGAGAACUACAUCAACGAGCUCAUCAAGAGGAUGAACUAGGCUCUUCUAUCCUGUGAGAUUGAUUUUCUAGGACUGAAGUUUUCCUCUAGGGAGUCAACGUUGGAUAAUGACAGAUAUGCAACUUUGACGUUCCAAACAGAAUGUAGAACUUGGCUCUUUCACAGCGAGACUUCCCAUAGGAAAUCUGUACCGUUUAUGCAUGUGGAAAUAUUCGUGUUUGUCCACUCAUGCUGCCA